UCCUUCAUCAUAGACUCAAUGAAUGAGCACAUGUAGGUUAGGCACUCUGCCAUUCAUGUUGUUGGACUACUGCUGUCGUUGUUGUGGUUUCACGCUCAUAAAACGCCAUGGCGCCGUGUCGCUCAAGACAACCCCUAGUGACACCUGGGUUAUCGGGGAAUGACAUUACUGACGGACAGGUGUCACGGUGUGACUGCAGCCAGGUGGUUUUGCAGAAUCUGCUGAUGUGCAUGGUCUGCUUCUACUCCCUCUACUACACGGUGGUCAGCCUCUGCAUCGGCCUGCUCAGGGUUCACGAAAUCAACAGCUUGUUAGCGCCCUUUGACUACACCACACAACCGUCAUGGCAGAACCCCAAAUACCUGGUGGGUGUCAUCUCCACAGAAGUUACGUACGUGUUGGGAGGGCUGGUGUUUGCCUGGAUUGUGGAGGAGUGGGUGUGGGACUAUGCCAUCACUGUCACACUGCUGCACGUGGCCAUGACAGUGGCUGUGAUGUCAGAUGUACCGUCAACGGAGCACUGGUGGAUGGCACUGGGCUCAGGCUUGGUGAUGAUGAUAUUUGGAGGACAGCUCCUGGCCUACAAACUCUUUAGGAGCAACUUCGUCUAUCCGGCUGAGCUACAGAACUUCUGAUGAUGACGGCGAUGACUUCCAUUUAACCGUCUAAUAGCAUCCCCUCCUGUACAAAGUUUUUUUUAUUAAGAUUAUUCUGUUUAUUAUUUUUGUAUCACUUAACCACAUUUUUUGAGUAAUAGUUUACGCCUACAACAUGCCAUAUAUCUUAUAUUAGGAUUUAUCAUCAAUGUGUACGUCAUGUAGUCAGAAAAUGAGUGUGUUCUGUAUGAGUUUAGCGUGGAUUAAAUAUCAACUG